CAACGUGGAAACAACUUUGAUUCAACCAGUGUGUGCCCAGCGGGCUAUUUCUUGACAGAAGAAAAUAGGCAAUACUUUACAUCUUCUCUUACAUAUUACCUGAACCUGACCAACUAACCAUAAUGAAGCUACUGGACAUUACUGUAUCAGAAAAACCCAGCCUGUGGAUAUUCGGAUAUGGCUCAUUAGUCUGGAAACCAGACUUCAAACACAAGAGAAACUACGUCGGCUAUAUCAAAGGAUUUAGUAGACGCUUCUGGCAUGGGGACAAUUUUCAUCGAGGAGACAAAAACUUGCCAGGUAGAGUGGUGACUUUAGUGGAAGAUCAUGAUGCUUGCACCUGGGGGAUAGCCUACGAGGUCACCGACUCCCAAAUGGAGGAGUCUCUGCAGUAUCUGAAUGUGAGAGAGGCUGUGCUGGGGGGCUACGCCACCAAGGUGGUGGAGUUCACUCCCAGAGAGAAGUGCCAAGGGUCUCUGCUUGCCCUGGUCUACAUCGCCACCUCUGACAACCCCAUAUAUCUUGGGCCUGCCACUCCCACAGAGAUAGCUGCUCAGAUUGCCAUCUGCAGAGGCAACACGGGCCACAACAUAGAGUACCUCCUUCGCCUGGCUGAGUUCAUGAGGCUGUACUGUCCUGAGGUAGAGGAUGACCAUCUCUUCUCCAUAGAGGCAGCCGCCCUGGCUCUGCUCAUCUGAACUACCAGGGCCAGGGAUACUCACAUCAGACCAACGAUACGACCACUCAAUGCUACGACACGCGCAACCCUGCUUGUUAAUAUGAUCAAUGUGAAGACAAUGACAAUAUGAAGAGAGUGCGAGUCACUAUAAAAAGGGUCAACAUGUCAUGAUCACUGUUUUUGUUGUCCAUUGUCUGUGAACGCCCAUGACAUUGAAAUGUUUUAAGUUAAUGGGCAAUGAGAUUACAAGUACGGUGCUGUAUGUUUCUCUACAAGGUGUGUAAAGGGAAAUCUGAAAUUAUUAUAUUUCCUGCAAUCUUGUGCAAAAAUGGUGACAGAAUUCACCUUAACCUUUCCCAGUAACUUGGUUAAUAAGGACUAUGUUUGUACACAAAUCUGCUUUCUAGUAUA